AUGAACAACGUCGCUCCACAGGCGACUCCCCAGAACACCUCCCAAGACAACAACUCGUAUCAUGAUACCCAAACAACCCGCUUUGACCAGCUACCGUUAGAGGUACUGAGUCUGGUCACCUCCCUCUUUCCUCCACCCUUCUACCCCCCUGCUCCACUGGCUGAGCAGACGCCUGUGCCCGAGGCCCACAUCGUAGCAUGCCUCGACCCGCACCCAAACCCCCCUCAGACGGUCAAUGAUGCCAUCAGUAGCCUGACCAAGACCUGCUCCCACGCUCUCGAGUCGGCCCGUCCGUGGCUGUGGGAGAACGUCGAUGUCCGUUCCGGACGUGGCUGGCUCGCCGUCGUCGACGCACUCACCGAAGAGGUAGUCGACAGCCACCCCGACGAGAUUGAGCCCGAUCACGAGGUCAUGUCGUCUGAAGUACUCAGUGGCGCUGGCAUCGCGCCACUUACCCUCUCGCCCACCGACGCGACCUUGGCAGCUGCCGCGGAUCCCCUCUCCUACGCAUCUGCUUCUGCCUCGGCUGCACGCGAAGCUGCCGAUGCCACCGGCGAACCUUGUGCCUUUGACGCGGGGUCGUCUUCGACCGAGAACCAGGCCCAGGUGGUGCCCUCUGUGCCCGUCGGCUCACUCAUCGGCGGCCUUCUUGGCGGCGGCGGCGGCUCGGGCACGGGACGCUCUACCCUUGGGCGCAAGGUGACGAUCAACACCACCGUCGCCCAGAUUUCUGGUCCAGGUGCCGAUAUCAUUGCCCCUCCGCAGCCUCGCCGCCUCAGCGCGCUGCUCACCCCCCCUGGUUCGCGCAACGUCUCCCCGCACAACGCUCGUCUCCGCGGCCGCUCGCGCUCGCCCCGCCGCCAGCUCGCAUUCGAGGCGGACGGUAUUUCGGCCGUCCUGUCGCGCUCGCUGUCCCUCUCGAGCGGACAGCGCCCCUUUAUGCGUCAGAGCUCGCUGUCGCACCACACACGCGUGUUUUCCGACUUUGACGAGGAUGAGAGCGCCUCGGACGAGUCCUCGCUCAUGACGGCCAUGCGCACUCCUCCCAAGGACAGCCUCGAGCUUCCGCGCGAGGACGACAUGGCGAUGGAGGAUGCCGAAGCUGUCCCCAAUGUCAACCCGGACAUGCUGCCUCCUCCCGGGCCGUACAUUCGCCACAUCAACUUUAUCAACUUCCGCACCAUCGGCUCCCGUCGCUCUCAAGAGGAGGCGGUGCGUGGACGUUUCGUCACUGCGGGACGCCUGGAGGGCGUUAUCAAGAACACUCCAAACCUCCGCUCCAUCUGUAUGACAGAGUACGUCGACUCGGCGCUGUCAUACCCGGUCGUCGAGGAAAUCUUCUUCCGUGGAUACCACAAACCCCGUGUGUUCCGCCAGCGUUCGACGUCCUUGUCGCCCGCUGCGAUUCGUGCUCGCUCGGUGAGCGUGCACCCAUCCGCGCUUGAACAGAUCACGCUCGAGGAUCAACUCGACCCCCCGCGUCCAGUCUACGUCCCUUACGAGGACGAGACUGACGAGCAAAAGUGGACCCGCAGGAACCUGUUCACCCCGCUCGAGGCUCUGGACCUCACGGGGUGUGUGAGCCGCGCAUUCACCGAGGCAGCUGACGAGUUUGGUGAAAACUGGCUCAAUGUCGGCAUCCCCGAGGAGAGCGACGAUGAGGAGCGCGGUCGUGGACGUGGACGCCAGCCUCGCCGCGUCGAGUCGGCGACGGAUACCGAGGACGACGACGAGGACCUUCCUCUUGCCGAACGCCGCACGCACCGUCCCCGCUUCCAUGCCCUGCGGCGCCUGUCGCUGCGCGCAUGCAUGACGCUGCCUGCGACGUUUAUCCAGGGCCUCAUCCUCUGCAUGCCCCACCUCACACACCUCGACCUCUCGGCGACCCGUCUGUCUGACAGCCUCCUCCGUACGCUCACGACCAACGCCCCUCGCGGUCUGCGUCUGCAGUCGCUCUCUUUGGCCCGCUGUGCACAGCUCAGUCCCCAUGUCGUCGUCGACUUUCUCGUCGACUCGCCCGCGGCUCGUGACCUGGUCGAGCUCAACCUGUUUGUCAACCCGACGCAAGGGAACGCCAUCGAGGGUGAAGACCUCAUCCGCCUCCUGAGCAAGGCCCCGUGCAUCCGCUCUGGCCGCCUGAGGUACCUUGACCUCAGCUCGGCGGGCUUCACUGUGGAGCACCUGUCGCCCGACGUCUUCCCUCCUCAGCCCAGUCUUGUGUCUCUUGGCCUCUCCCACAUCCCCGAGCUGCCGCUCAGGGAGGUCGCCACCUUUAUCCAGAACCAGGCGCCUGGUGUCGAGAUUCUUACUCUCCAAGGCACAUCCAUCAGGGACCUCCGUCCCGACGCGUCCACUUUGCAGAUUACGCUCGCGCUCCACGCCCUCCUCAUCAACCCUCUCACUACCCAGCCCUUCUCGCUCGCCAACGCUCUGGACUUGGCCCGCGGUACGGCCCAAGUGGAUCUCGCGGCGGGCCCCACUCGCCUGCGCGUCGUCGAGCUGUCGUCGUCCAUCACCCGCUCCCUCACCUCGUCCCAGGGCUCUGGCCGCACGGAAUGGCAGGUCGUCAAGUCCAAGGGCGGGCGCGGAUGGUAUGUCGACGUCUCGGCCGGCUGGAUCUACAGCGACACCGUCGGCAUUUGGGGCCGUGCGCCCGAAGACGCUGCCGCGAGCGGCGAGGGACUCGCGCGCAAGUCGUUUAUUCCGCCACUUGCCCGCCACACACCCCAAGCGCCAGACGGCCGCGUGCGUUCCGACGUCGGCUGGCAUUCCCGCAAGAUGGAGAUUGUCCGUGGAUACGGCAUGAUGGGCAGGGAGGAGGGCAUGGGCGGCGUCGCGGCGUUUGCGUCGCUCGAAUAG